ACUUUCACUUAGAAAACCUGUCAGUUUGGUGCCUCUGUUCUAUAAGGUAAUCAUGCAAGGCAAUGUUCCAAUUCUAGCAUCUUCCACUUACUCAUGAAUAACACCCUAGUACUUAAUUUCACCUGUAUAAAACGUUGUGAAGUAGCUCAGCUGCUUCAGCAAAAAAUAUUUCCUGGCCCUUGAUCACGUGUGCAGUUCUAGCCCAAUACAAAAAGACACAAAACAGUACAAAAAGACACAAAAUGAUACAAAAAGACAAGAUAUCCUUGAGGAGAGUGUGGUGAUUCAGGCACAGGGAACAGCAUUUCUCAAAAGCUGUAGUUCAGCAUUUUGUCACAGUGAGCCUUGAGUCAUGGUUUCCACACUACUUUUUCAAGUCUAUUCUCUAUUCUGGAUGUUAUGUUGUAUUGCAAAAACCUAGAUGCAUAUGGAAUUUUUAAAUAGGAAAAAAGACUGGCACUCCAUUAGGCUCAACUCUUUUCCAAAACUACCAAAUUAUUGCUGCCAAAGAAAAUUUGCAGAAGAUGCUCUGAGUUGCUUCUAAAUAUUAGAAUCAGAAACAUAUGAUGAAAACAAAACCUUCAAUAGUUCCUCCUGCAAAUCUGUUAUUUAGCCAAGCCCUUUCCACUUACCACAGUCUGCUACAUAUUAUGUAAUGUUUUAUCUAAACACUGUCUGUUGUGGCAAAAGCAGGUGUGGGAAGCAGUCUGGGGCAGUAAUUGCUGAUAGUCGUGUCAGCUCAGUGCUGCUGUCAAGUUUCACUUACAGUCAUCAAACAGAUCUGGAAAAAAAGAGAAGCAGAUUUGUGUGGUGCUGUGAAGUGCUGUCACCUCUCAGUCAAAGCCCUGCAGGCAGGAGCUCAGUACUCUGCCCCAGCAGAGCUUGACUGUGCUGCAGGACAACCCAACACGGAAGCUCACAAAGAAGAAAAUUUUUCUUGAAUGAGAAAAAGCGUUGUUUGUCACCUUCAGCCAGAAUGUUUUCUUACAUCUGCCUGAACUGGGUUCUCCUGGUGCUGUUCACAGGCUCCACAGUAUCGGAAUUAGCUGUGAUAGGAGAGGUUGGUCAGGACAUCACUGUGCCCUGCCACUACAAUGUCCGGUACAGAGAUGACAUCACAUCCAUGUGCUGGGGUCGGGACUCGUGCCCCAUUUCAAAAUGUUCCCAGCCCAUUAUCUGGACAGAUGGCUGGAGGGUGACAGAGCAGCACAGCAGCAGGUACCAGCUGAAAGGGGAGCUGUGGAGGGGGGACGUGUCCCUGACGAUUGUGGAUGCCAAGGAAGCAGAUUCUGGGACCUACUGCUGCCGUGUGGAGCUCCCAGGGUGGUUCAACGAUCAAUUGAUUGAUCGCAAGGUUGUGGUAAAGAAAGCAAGGAUCACUACUGCAAGUCCUCACACUUACACCUCUCAACAGACCUCAGCUCCUGGCAGCACCAGUGAAUCGUCCUUCACUGUCACAAGGACCUGGCCAUCGGUUUCUGCUUCAGAAGCUCCUCAUACUGCCUCUGCUCCCUGCUCAAGCCCCUCAGACUGCUUGGAUGUGACUGUAAACCUGCAGAACACGUCUGCGUCACUUCCCAGUCAGCAGCAUGCAGAGCACGGGCUGUACAUUGGCAUUGGCUCAUGUGCAGCACUUCUGCUCAUCCUGAUCUUGGCCCUGUUCCUCUCUAAACACUAUUUUUACAACACGAAGAAGAUGGGUGCUUCUGCAGGCUUUGUUGCAUUUUGGAAGCCACAAGGUAUGGGGAGUCAUAGUGCCCUGGAAGAUGAGAAUCAUGCAGAGGAAAAUAUUUAUGUCAUGCACUAAGGACUGGAUGCAUGGCUGCCUUUGUCAUUGCUGGGACAUUAAAUAGUUUGCAAAAUGUUGGCUGCUCCCUCUGCUCAGCAGCUGAUCGUGACUGCGCUACUGAAGCAUUAUUCACUUCCUAAUAAUAAAACAAAUAAAAGCUACACUUUUAAUUAAAA